CAGCCUGUACAUCACCUGCCGACCAUCCUCCUCAGCCUCCCAAUGAUAGCGGCUCUCACAAGAACCUUCUCCGCUACCUCUACCCAGCGGCUCCUCUGUCAGACGCCCUACCUCAUACCCUUCUGUCUCCGCCACCUCGCCACAAUGUCAGCCAGCUCCCCUAUGGUCACCUUCAAUAAUGGGCAGCAGUACCCCAUCCUCGGCCUCGGCACUUGGAAGGGACGAGGGGGGGCCCCAAGGAACGUGUCAGAUGUGCCUGGAAGUGAAAGACUUUCAGAGUCAUGUCUUAUUCAAUCCAAGCCUGGUGAGGUGUGCCAAGCAGUGAAGAACGCCAUCUCUUGUGGAUAUCGUCACAUUGACGGUGCUCUUAUUUAUGGCAACGAGAAUGAGGUGGGUGCUGCCAUCAAAGCAAAGAUUGAGGAUGGGACUGUCACCAGGGACGACCUAUUCAUAACCAGCAAGUGCUGGAACAUUUACCACAGCCAACACCUGGUGGUGCCCAGCCUGAAGGAGUCCCUGACCAGCCUGGGGCUGGACUAUUUGGAUCUGUACUUGAUUCACUGGCCCAUGGGAUAUCAGGAAGGUGGAGCAAAGUUCCCUGUUGAUUCAAAUGGGAAAACUCAAUACAGUGAUGUUGACUACCUGGACACAUGGAAGGGAAUGGAGGAAGCUCAGAAAAGUGGUCUUACAAAGUCUAUUGGUGUGUCCAACUUCAACAAGAAGCAGAUUGAGCGUGUGUUGGCAGAAGGCACCAUAAAGCCAGUCACCAAUCAGAUUGAGUGUCAUCCAUACUUAAAUCAGAGGAAAAUGAUUGAUUUCUGCCGCUCUAAGGGCAUCUACAUCACUGCCUACAGCCCUCUUGGAUCACCUGACAGACCCUGGGCCAAGCCUGAUGAUCCACUGCUGAUGGAGGACCCAAAGAUUGUGGCCAUUGCUGAGAAGUACAAAAAAACUCCUGCUCAAAUUCUCAUCCGUUACCAGAUCCAGCGAGAUGUAAUUGUCAUCCCCAAGUCAGUCACCAAGUCAAGGAUCGAGUCCAACUUCCAGGUGUUUGACUUUGAACUCUCUUCUGAAGACAUGAAGAUUAUCGACUCAUUUGAUUGCAAUGGACGUGUUCUUCACUUGACCUGGGUGAGUGACCACAAGCAUUACCCCUUCCACGACGAGUUUUAGAGCAAUGAGCAAUGCAGCUAAAGAGGAAGAGGCAUUUUCAGCUAUAUCUACGGAAAAAGUGCUCUUAUUUUCUAUCCUGGUGACUUUUCUUUUACAGUUAUGUAAUGGAAAGACAAAUUUAUUUCCUAGGGUAUUUUUAUAGGCAUGAUCUACUAAAAAUUCAUAUCUUUUAUAUUUUAUUCAGUUUUAUUUUAUUUAAGUUAUUUAUGCAUUGCUGAAGGAAAGUUGGCAAGGAACUAUCAUUGCCAUACAAUUUAAGAUGAGGAUGCACUUGCAAUUUAAGUUCCUUUGUUACAUUUCUCUUAAAGAGGUAAUAAAAUACUGACUCAUUUUCAAGAGUUUUGCUGUUAUGUUUUAUAUUGAAGAGGCAAAAGAGAGCUGUAGAUUAAACACUAAUUAUGUCAAAAUAUAAUGUUGACUGUAUC